AUGGUCGGUGAACGACGACUCAUCAGCAGCAUCAAUAAUGACACCAACACGCUCAUACAACAUCACGUUCCCGAAUCGUACAGCACGUUAUCCUUAGAAAAUCUCAAAGUCACCACAUAUCCCGAGAAUGCAUCCUCAGUAACUCCAGUAAUAGUAGUGACGCUCGACCGUCCUAGACAGCGAAAUGCAUUCACGCUCCGAGCGAUGGAAGAUCUGGAGUCGUUGUUCCCAAAGUUCGACGUUGACGAACGAGUGAAAUGCGUCGUCUUAACAGGAGCUGGCGACACGUUUUGCGCGGGGAUCGAUUUGCAAAGAGGGUUUGAUGCCAUGGGACGGACGGAGAAGUUACUGGAUAACAGAGAUCCAGGAGGUAGAAUCAAUCUCGCCAUCUCCCGCUGCCGGAAGCCUACGAUCGUUGCUAUGAACGGAUCUGCCGCUGGCAUAGGCAUGACAAUGACCCUCGCAGCAGAUAUACGAAUUGCACACGCAUCGUCGAAAUAUGUCUUCCCCUUUUCUCAACUGGGCAUCACAAUGGAGUCGAAUUGGUCCUUCUUCCUCCCACGGCUGAUCGGGUACUCGAAUGCCAUAUAUCUCCUCACGACUAGUGAGCCGCAAAGGGGUGAUUCGAAGUUCUUCUCGAGUCUCUUUCAUGAAGUUUACGAUGAGAGGGAGAGGGUUCUGAGCAGGGCCCUGGAGAUUGCAAUUCUGAUGGCAGAGAAAACGAGUGGACUUGCGAGCCCUCCAACUCCGGAAGAAACGCAUAUCUUGGAGAGUGCGAUCGGAUUCUCUAUCAGUGGCUCGAGUGAUGUCAAAGAAGGCGUCGACAGCUUCUUCGAGAAGAGAAUACCUAAGUUCGAGGCCACUUUGGAGAAGGACGGCCCGCCGAUAUAUCCAUGGUACAGAGAAGUUGAUUUUGGGCUCACGAGACCCAAGAAGGCAUCUUCAAAGCUCUAA